UUUCCCCAAACGAAACAAAACGGUUGAUAUAUACGUUGAAGUGGACAUAAAUUGGUUAGUGAAAAUAAUAAUAAAAAUAACUUGAUUACUUAGUUAUAUAAUAUGAUUCGACGACGUUAGGUUAUUAAAAACAUAUAUACGAAUACGACGUAGACGAAUAAGACAUAGAGAGAAGGUGCUUUCCUUUGCAUCGGGGACACGUGGUAUUAUAGAAGGACCAUUUACACAAAGAGAAGAGUCACACCACUUCCUCGAGCUGGGCCGGCUUGUAGGUCCCCCACAUAAGAUCCUCGGUCCCAUGGCUCCCACUUGUAACUUGUAACAAGACUCUCUUCUCUCUCUCUAAAUACUAACCAAGGUUAUUAGCUUGUGCUUCUAUAAAAGCCACCUCUUGGUCUUCGCAUCUUUCCCACACUAACUCUCUAUCUCUCUCGUCUCUUCGAACACUUCAAAAAACAUAGCAACUUCACUUCUUCUUCUUCUUCCUUCCUCGUAGUUUCUCGUUUGAUCCCAUUCUCUUUUACCUCCUCCUCUGUUCUGAACAUCCCCUGUUUUUAAUAAAAUGGUGAGCCAAAACGUUGUCGUAUCAGACGCCAAGACCGGGAUCAUAACGGUCUCUACAGUCUCUAACUCCUCUGUCUUUACUCCUUCCGCUCAAAAACCACCGACUGCUCCUGGUUACAUCUCAAUCUCCAAGAAAAAACUCCUCAAAAACCUUGAAAUCAAUGGGGCUCAAAGUCAAAGACUUAACUCUUGGGUUGACUCCAUGAGAGCUUCUUCUCCUACCCAUCUCAAAUCACUUUCUUCUUUCUCUUCCGAAGAAGAACACAACUCUUGGAUCAAACGACAUCCAUCAGCGCUUGACAUGUUCGAAAGAAUCAUCGAAGAAGCAAGAGGAAAACAGAUCGUCAUGUUUCUUGAUUAUGACGGUACUCUUUCUCCGAUAGUCGAUGAUCCAGACAGAGCCUUCAUGACUAGCAAGAUGAGAAGGACAGUGAAAAAAAUGGCCAAGUGUUUUCCAACUUCUAUUGUUACUGGUAGAUGCAUAGACAAGGUUUAUAGCUUUGUGAAGCUAGCAGAAUUGUAUUAUGCUGGAAGCCAUGGGAUGGAUAUUAAAGGUCCAACUAAAGGUUUCUCAAGAUACAAUAAGGAUAAACCAUCAGUUCUUUAUCAACCAGCCGGCGACUUUCUUCCCAUGAUCGAUGAGGUUUAUAAACAAUUAGUGGAGAAAACCAAAUCAACACCAGGAGCCAAAGUGGAGAACAACAAGUUCUGUCUUUCUGUGCACUUCCGUUGUGUCGACGAGAAGAAAUGGAGCGAAUUGGCUUUAAAAGUUCGGUCGGUGGUCAAGAACUAUCCGACGCUGAAACUGUCUCAAGGUCGAAAGGUUUUUGAAAUCCGACCUAUGAUUAAAUGGGACAAAGGCAAGGCUCUUGAGUUUUUGUUAGAGUCACUCGGAUUUGAGAACUGUAACGAUGUAUUUCCGAUUUACAUUGGCGAUGAUAAAACCGAUGAAGAUGCAUUCAAGCUGCUACGGGAGAGAGGACAAGGCUUUGGUAUUCUUGUCUCCAAGUUCCCCAAAGAUACCAGUGCGUCGUAUUCUUUGCAAGACCCACCUCAGGUGAUGAAUUUCUUGCAACGGUUGGUGGACUGGAAACAAAUGCAGCAAUAAACGUGGAAGGCGCAAUGAAGUACAUUUAGUAGUUUUUUUAAAUAAAAUGAUCAUAUUCAUAACUAUAGGUCCAUAUAUUCAUAACUAUA